ACGUGGAGGUUUCCAGCUCGUGGGCUCCUCCGCCGCCUCGCCCCGGAGCUAAGUGGAGCAGGAGCCUUUCCGAGGCGCAGGAAGGCGCGAGAGCAUGGUCACCCUGAGGGGCUUGGGCUUGUGGGCGCUACUGGCGCUGGCGGUGCCCGGGGGCUGCUUACCACACGGGGGGCUCCUUUUCCCCUUCGGCUUGGAGCGAGGAGACGCUGAGCUGGAGCCCGGGGACGACGCGCGCUCCCCGCCUCUGGAGCUCAGCACCCCGCUGCGUUUCUACGGCUCCAGCAUCAACUCCCUCUAUGUUCUUACUAAUGGCAUCAUUGCAGUAAGUGAGCCAUCAAGGGAAGACGAUUAUCUUGGCCAAUUUCCUCUCAGUUUUGGAGGUAUUGCUCCCUUUUAUGCUGAUCUGGAUACUACAGGUGGACAUGGAAAGGUGUAUUAUAGGGAAGAUUCAUCUCCUGAUGUUCUUCAUCUUGCUGCCAAGUAUAUUCAAAGAGGCUUUCCAGAGACUGCUUUUGAUCCAAGCAGCGCUGUUGUAGUUACUUGGGAUUCUGUGGCUCCUUAUGCAGGAGCUGGAGAGGAUACAAUUUUUCAAGUCAAGAGAAACACAUUCCAGGCUGUUUUAGCGUCUUCUGAUUCCAGUUCCUAUGCUGUUUUCCUUUAUCCAGAAGAUGGUUUGCAGUUCUAUAGUACAUAUUCUAAAAAUGAUAAGGAAAUGGUCCCGGCUACUGUUGGCUUUAGUCAACCCUCUACAAAUUACUACUUAUGGGUAAAAACUGGAUCGUACAAUAUAAUUGCAAAUGAUGAAGAGGUCAUUGGGAAUCUGCACAAGAGCAGCAAUUUGGGAAAACAAGGAGCCUGGGUAUUUGAGAUUGGUAGGUCGGACAAUAUCCUGUCAGCAAAAAUCACUUCAACUCCUGCCAGUGUGGAGUACAAUGACUAUGACCAGUUUGAGGAAGUGACUGCAGACCCUUCCGUAUCACACCAGGAUUCUAUUGAAAGAAGUGAGCAGGAAGUAUCUUAUGAUAUUUCCAGCAGUGAUCAGCUGCAUACAAGCUACAGUCUACCUCAGCCAGCAGCAGAAGGUGACUUGCAGUCUCCAUACCAAGCUUCAACAGAGCAUCCAUCAGCUGAGCCUCAUUUCCCAACAGGGAAAACUCCACCUCGCCAGUUUCCAGUUCAGCAAUAUCCCCAGCAACAUGCUCAGAUACUCAAUGUGGAAGAAGUUGAUGAAACUGGAAUUGUGUUUCGUUACACUACAGAUGCCCAGCAAACCUGUGCAAACAACCGCCAUCAGUGUUCAGUUCAUGCCAUGUGCACGGAUUAUCCAAAUGGCUUUUGCUGUAGUUGUGUUGCUGGUUACAAAGGAAAUGGCAGGCAAUGUGUAGCAGAAGGUUCUCCUCAGCGAGUCAAUGGGAAAGUCAAAGGACGAAUUUUUGUGGGAAACAGCCCAGUACCCAUUAUAUUUGAGAACACUGAUCUCCAUUCCUACGUCGUGAUGAACCAUGGGCGUGCCUAUACUGCCAUCAGCACAAUUCCAGAAGCAUUAGGUUUUUCCUUGCUUCCUCUUGCCUCCAUUGGGGGUAUUAUUGGAUGGAUGUUCGCUGUAGAACAGCAAGGAUAUAAAAAUGGAUUCAGUAUUACUGGUGGAGAGUUCACAAGGCAAGCUGAAGUUACAUUUGUCAACACCAAUGAAAAGCUGACGAUUAAACAGAAGUUCAGUGGGAUUGAUGAACAUGGACAUCUUACAAUCAGCACAGAUCUUGAAGGCAAAGUGCCUGAAAUCCCAUUUGGUUCCUCAGUGCAUAUAGAGCCCUACACUGAGAUCUAUCACUCUUCUCAUUCUGUUAUCACAUCAUCAUCUACCAGAGAGUACACGGUGACAGAACCAGAAAGAGAUGGGGUCUCUCCAGUGUACACCGUCCCCUACCAAUGGCGGCAGACAAUCACAUUUGACGAGUGCAUACAUGAUGACUCUCAUCUUUCUGUUCCAGCCACUCAGCAGCUAUCAGUGGACAGUGUCUUUGUCUUGUAUAACAGAGAUGAACGAAUUUUGCGAUAUGCAAUGAGCAAUUCGAUUGGCCCAAUUAGUAAUGGUUCAGCUGAUACAAACCGCAAUCCAUGCUACACGGGCACCCAUGGUUGUGACACCAAUGCAGUUUGUCGUCCAGGACCAGGCAACCAGUUCACUUGUGAAUGCUCAGUGGGCUUCCAAGGAGAUGGACGUGCUUGUUAUGAUGUAGAUGAAUGCCUGGAACAACCAACAAUGUGUGGCAGCAAUGCAGUCUGUAAUAAUCAGCCAGGAACUUUCCGAUGUGAGUGUCUAGAGGGAUAUCAGUUUUCAUCUGAUGGACGAACUUGUGUGGCUAUUGAACGUGUCAUCAACCAUUGUGUGACAGGCACACACACUUGUGAUAUCCCUCAGCGUGCCCGUUGCAUAUACGCUGGUGGCUCUUCUUACAUCUGUGCAUGUCUACCUGGCUUCUCUGGAGAUGGGCGCUCCUGUGUGGAUGUAGAUGAAUGUCAGCUGAACCGCUGCCACCCAGAUGCUUUCUGCCAUAAUACUCCAGGAUCAUUCCACUGUCAGUGUAAGGCAGGUUAUCGUGGGGACGGUUUCCUUUGUGUGCCAGGAGUACCAGAGAAGACAAGAUGUCAGCAUGAACAAGAACAAAGUAUGUCUCUUGCUCCAAGAGGACCCAGACCAGUGGGCCAUUUUAUUCCUCAGUGUGAUAUCUAUGGGAAUUACUUGCCAACCCAAUGCCACUCCAGCACUGGAUAUUGCUGGUGUGUAGAUAGAGAUGGUAAUGAGAUUGAUGGUACCAGAACUGGCCCAGGAAUCCAACCUCCAUGCCUAGGCACAGUUGCUCCUCCUGUUACAGUUGGACCCUCUGUAAAACCAGACACAAUUCCUCUGCCUCCAGGAACACACUUACUCAUUGCUCAGAGUGGAAAGAUUGAUCAUGUCCCUCUGGAAGGAAACAACAUGAAGAAAUCAGAUGCCAAAGCUUUGCUGUAUGUGCCAGAUAAAGUUGUCAUUGGGGUCGCUUAUGACUGCUUGGAGAAGAUGGUUUACUGGACAGACAUUAGCAGCCCAUCCAUCAGUAGAGCAAGUCUGGGUGGAGGAGAGCCAAUAACCAUCAUUAAAGCAGAUUUGGAAAGUCCUGAAGGAAUAGCUCUUGAUCAUCUUGGGCGCACCAUUUUCUGGACCGACUCUCAGCUUGACAGAAUAGAGGUAGCAAGGCUGGAUGGCAGCCAGCGCCGAGUGCUGUUUGACACCGACCUUGUGAACCCCAGAGCCAUUGUAGUAGAUCCUAUGAGAGGAAACCUUUAUUGGACAGACUGGUACAGAGAGGCUCCUAAAAUUGAAAUGUCAUACAUGGAUGGUACAAACAGACGGAUUCUCGUUAAAGAUGAUUUGGGGUUACCAAAUGGGCUGACUUUAGACACUUAUUCUUCAUUGUUGUGCUGGGUAGAUGCAGGCACCAAGAGAGUUGAAUGUAUGGACCCCAAUCAGCUUGGUCGGCGAAAGAUCCUUGAGGGAAUCCAGUAUCCUUUCAGCAUUACAAGCUAUGGGAAGAAUUUGUUUUACACAGACUGGAGAAGAGAUGCUGUGGUGGCAGUGGAUCGCACAAUCUCAAAAGAGAAUGAUAACUUUCAGCCUUAUAAGCGCACUCGUCUUUAUGGCAUAACUACAGCUUUGGCUCAGUGCCCACAAGGACAUAACUAUUGUUCAGUGAAUAAUGGAGGUUGUACUCAUCUAUGCCUGGCCACCCCAGGGGGCCGCUCUUGCCGAUGCCCAGACAACACCAUAGGAGUGGACUGUAUAGAAAGAAACUGAAAGCCACAACCUGGAAUGUGUUCAGGCAGCAGCCACCUUUGGAAAUGUACUGUAAAUAAAUAGUUAGACGGCCAGUCACAUACAAGGACAGAUCCUAAAGAUAAGAUCUCUGUGCUGCCUGCAGCUUUGUGGCUUCAAGCACACAUGCUAUAACAACAGUGGCUACAUAGUGGAAUGUUGGCACAUCUGUGCAACCCUUUCAUUGUACACUUCCCUACUCUUUCUAAAGAUGAGUCUGGUGACCAGUUGGGCCUGUGCUGGUUAGAUAGCAUUUCCUAGUUAAAUAUUGAAAAAGCUGUAGUAUGGAGUAUUGAAAAGCACAGGAGACCAGUAUCUCAAACGCAUGCAGUCGCUUUAUGCUGUAAAAGUACUUUGUAAAUUCACUUACAAAAUACUUCUCUAUAUAGCCCACCACCAGUGCAACUAGGUUGAAAGUUCAUCUGAAAUGCUCAGCAGUAAAGUCCUGCUGAAAUGGGUUGAGGUAGUGGAAAUCCCAAAGGUGAGACGAUGUUUGCAAUAAAAUCCCACAGCCAGCACCUUAAGCAAAAGGAAUGCCUUACACUAGGCCCUUGUUUCAAAGGCCUUAAUGUUUAUAACCACUAUGCCUUCAAAUGUUCACUCUUAGAAGCUGGCUAUACAAUACCAUCAUUAAAAAGAAGGAAUGCAAUUUGGUACUGUACUAGAAACUGUUGACUUUAUAAAAGUAAUUCAGUUGUCUUAAUGACACUGUGGGGUGUAUUCAACUUUUCAUUGGAUUUUCUGAAUGAAAAUCUAUUUUUCUCCAUGUUUGUAGGAGGAGCAAAGGAGUGUGUAUGACUCACUGGCCACUUGUACUGGUCUAGUUUCAGUGAUUUCAAUAGGACCACUUCAAGAUAAACUUCAGGACUGAAUAACCUCUGUCUGCCCUUCUGGCAUGGACUUUUGAAUUUCUACAAAACAAUGAUUAAUUUGAACUGAAGAAAAGUGACAUGAGUGGGGGAGGGGAUUCUGUCAAAUUUUCUUCAGUAUCUCUUUAUUUCCUGUGCUUGCAAUUCUUCCUUAUUUCAUAAGUUUAACAGUAGUUCCUUUUGGAAUGUUGCUCUACUACUUUUUGUUGCAAUUUUACAUGUAUGUUCAUUUUACAUAUGCCAUGCACAUAUGUAAACAGUCUUACUCAAUGGUCUGUCAAGUAGCCCCCAGAUAAUCAAUCCUAGGUCUUCAUGCUAUGAUUUGCUAGAUUAAUGCAAAAAUUAAGGCCCAGUUUCUGUACCAAUUGCUAGCAAGCGCAAUGCACCCACCAUGGAAUUAGCAUGCUGUAUAAGGAGGAUGUGGGUGAAAAGACUGAUAAGCAAUUCCAAAUUUUUCUGCUAAAAUAAUAUUAAACCUUGUUUCUGUUCAUAAAGAAGAUUGCAACAUAAGGAACAAGCAAAGCCCAUCGUGAUAGCAACCACUUCUGAUGCAGUGUUUUAAUUUUUUAAUUUUUUAAAAAAGAUCUUUAGACUCCAGAAGAUAUUUCUUGCCAGGCUACAACAUUAUUAAAGCAGAGUCAAUUCUGAGCCUUCAGCUCUGUGACAACUUCCUUUUUAAUUUUGUAUUUAUCAUUCAAAUAUCAAAUGCUAUAUUAAAUGUUUGAAUUUUUGUAUAACGUUUGUAUAACUAUAAUGCAUUUAACUUUUACACUCUAUUAUGUCUGAAAAACUGUACAUACCAAAAACUGUGCUGAAACAAACCAAAGGUGCUUUUAAUAACAUUUUUUCCAGAGUUAUUUUAAUUUCAGGUGAUAUUAAAGUUUACACGCUGUGCAGCUAAUCACAGCACCACCAAUAAAAAAAUUCUUAUGUUUUUGUAAAAAAAACCCAAAAGUUAUCUUUUUGUAAUAUAACACAAUGUAAAAGAGUUUUAGAUCCACCUUUUACACUUAUCUGUAUCCUUGUUGCCAUGAAAAUUUGCUUGCUGGCCACCAGAGCUAAUGAAUGUACUUUUAAGAGACAUAAACUGAGUCCCACGAA